AUGACAUCACCAUUGCUACCAGAGACUUUUUGGUUGAAAUGUCGGUCAAAAUUAUGUCACAAAUAUAUAGAAAAAACUACUUUCGAACUCAAACGUAUAUCAUGUAGGCAACCUUGUAGUCGAUUUCACUGCUAUUUAUCAUUCAGAAAAGCUAAGUUUUAUUGUGAAAACAAAUAGGUACACUUUCAAGAAGCAGGAUCUUAAGUUUUUAUACUUGAGUGGAGCAUAAAAAGCGAGGAAAAGUACCGCGAUAAAAAAGUUCUUGAGAAGCCAAGUCCUCCAAAAAAUAAGAGUUCACUGGAGUGCCUUUGGGCCUCUCUGCACUUACUUCAAUGUACCUUUAGAAGCACCACCUGCUACAAAGAUAGAAGUGUUAGCGUACUGGUGUAUGCUGUGCUCCAUCCUAUCGUAGUAGUAGUCGAUGAACGCAGUGGAUUUCAUCGACAUCAAGGCGUGUAGGAUAUCUUAAGGGCUAGUAAUGGGAUCACGUUCAUCCCUUCUUCAAGGAGGAUCACCGACGACUUAACCACGCUUUUUUCGUCGCCCUAUAAAUCGUCUCGGGGUUUUGCUAUGGAGACACUCCGACACCCCGAUGGCCAAAGAAGUAGG